UGAUCUUUCCUUUGUACAAGCACGACGCUACAGUUUGACACGAGAUUCUGCAGCUGGUUGGGUUUAUUGAAAUCAUCAGCAACAUGAAGAUGCUGACUGCGGCUGCCCUUCUCUGUGCCCUGAUGGCUCUGACCAGAGCUGCUGCUUUUAAAGAAGCCGAGGCCGCAAAGGAUCUAAUAGUAAGGAGUCACCUGGUCAAGAGGGCGACGUCCUGUCCCGGGGGUUGGUCUGAGUUCAACGGUCGCUGUUUCCACUAUUUUCCAGCACCCAUGACUUGGGCUAAAGCUCAGAGAAACUGUCAGUCCCUGGGUGGGAGCCUCGCGUCAGUGCAUAACGUACAGGAAUACCAUGACAUCCAGAGGCUGAUCAUGAUCUCCAGUUAUGCGUACAAAGAAGCAUGGCUCGGCGGCUCUGAUGCCCAAGAGGAGGGGUUAUGGCUGUGGAGCGAUAAUUCCCUGUUCACCUACCAGAACUGGUGUCCCGGAGAGCCCAACAACCACGCUCACGGACAGCACUGUCUGCAGAUGAACUUUGGAGAAGGAAAAUGCUGGGAUGAUGUCGGGUGCCAUAUCCUUCGCCCAUUUGUCUGCAGCAAGAAAAUCUGAUGAUUCCUGGGAUGACACAGAGGCAUCAAGUACCUGUGUAGAGCACAAAUACUGUUUUUGGGUCAUCAGUCUCAUAUAUACAGUAUAACCUAAAAGCUCUAUAUCUCAUUUCAUAUCUUUAUCUUUUCUAUCGCUGUAACGCCAUACCAAAGGAUUGAAGAGACAAGUGACGUGCAGGGGCUGGACUGUCUCUUAGGCCUAAGAGCGGACUGAACGAGUUAUGAAAAUAAGGCUUUUAGCACAACUGUAUUCUGUCUGGAGAGGGAUCUGGGCUUUCUUGUCUUUGAGUAUGCAAAAUUAAAACGCUCAAGCAUCUAAA